AAGUUAGCUGGGCGAUUUUACUCAAAUAUAAAUUACAUUUAAGAAUAGAUUUUUUUCCAUCCCAGCUAAUUCCACAAUAACAUAGGUUUUACUUAAGCAGUGCUCUCAUGAGUUUAAUGGCAUAAUUUAUAUGUACAUGAUAAAAUAAAUUGACUGCAAAUUCCCUGUAACUUGAAACUUAAGAUUUAGCUCUGGGUGGUGCGAUCUACUUCCUUUCUCGCUCCCUGCAUCUUGGCGGCUGCUCUUGCUUGGGGGCUGUCCCACACCUGAGGCAGGAAGAUGGUGGCCGUAAAGAUUAAAAAGUCCCUGGAGUCGAUCAACUCCAGGCUCCAGCUCGUGAUGAAAAGUGGCAAGUACAUGCUUGGGUACAAGCAGGCUCUUAAGACAGUCAGACAGGGCAAAGCCAAGCUGGUCAUCCUCACCAACACCUGCCCGGCCUUGAGGAAAUCUGAGAUAGAACACUAUGCCAUGGUGGCUAAUACCGGUGUCCAUCACUGGUGGCAAUAACAUUGAAUUGGGCACACGUGUGGACAAUACUACAGAGCGUGCACACUGGCUGUCAUUGGCCCAGGUGACUCUGAUGUUAUUAGAGGCAUGCCAGAACAGACUGGUGAAAAGUAGUAAACCAGAAAAGCCUGCCUUUACUAAAGCACUCAAGCUCUCUUAAAAAAAGAGAUUUAGCUCUGUGUACUUGCAUCUAGUACCUACUGUUUUAUGGAGCAUGUCUUACCCGACAGAGUUUUCAUCUCAGUAGUUUGACAGUUUCUGAAUUAAACUAUGUCUCUAAUUAGAGCUGUUUUCUUGAUUGUUCUGCUACUGAACACGUACAUGUGUGAGAAGUCUACUCUAUUGAAUGGGUCGGUGAGAUGCUCAAGCCUGGGUCACAGGGACCCAGCAUAGCUGUCCUUUCUGGUAACAGGGGACUUUGGCCUGCUGUGUUCUGCAUCCACAGUCACUACCCCUGACUCUAGAAGCAGUUUAUAUAUUUGUCAUUUCCCAGAAGGGAAAACUGAAUCAAUGUAAGACCUUCCAUAUUCCUUGACUUUUACAAAACAUGCCUUACGAUAUUAUUGUUUACAUCCAAAAGAUAACUAUAUUUUUAAACAUGUAGGUUAUUUGAUGAAUUGCUUUUAAUUAUUGGCUUUUCAUAUUCAAGCUUGAUUUAAGUACAACUGAUUACCACAUCAAUGUUAAACAACACUAAAGCUGGAAACCUUUAAAUUAUAUCUACUUAACAACCUUGCUUCAAAUCUAAGCAUAUCCAAGCCCUAGACCUGUGGCUUUGGCAAAGUUGCAUAGCUAGUUGUGAAAUUCACUUUUAAUUAGUUUUGUGUGUGUGUGUGUGUGUACUUUUUGUUGUUGUUGCUUGUUUGUUUUGUUUUUUCUGUAUUUACAAAAUUGCCCAAAGCUAAACCUUUCUUGAGGUCUUUCAGUAGCUUCUGAUAGGACAGGAUAUGGGGUAAAAUUUUCUUCUAUUUAUGUAUGCAUGCUCUUCCUGCAUGCCGGUAUGUGUGCCAUGUGAGUCACCGGUGCCAAAGUACACCAGAAAAGGGCUUUGGAUCCCCUGUAACUAGAGUCUUAGAUGGUGUGAGCCACUAUGUGGGUGCUGGAAACUGCAUUCUCUGCAAGAGCAACAAGUGCUCUUAACUGCUAAGCCGUCUUCCAACCCCUGAGUAAGAUUUUUUAAGAUAAAGCAACAACAUAAACAGAACCUUGACUACAUGGAGUUUAAGGUUAGCAUAUGCUUUAUAGAGAGACCCCAUAUCAACAUAAUAAAGAAGAAAAGAAAAAAUUCUUCAAGGGCUGAAGAGAUGGCUCUGCAGGUACAGAGGCUUGCUGCCAUGACAGCCUGAGUCUGGUCCUUGGCCUGUCGCCGUUGGAGAGAGUUGACUCCCACAGAUAGGCCUCUGAUUUGCACAUGCUCACCUGGCACAUAAGCAUCCACACAUCUACACAAGAUAAAUACAAAGAGUUCUAAAAUUAUGCCACUCUUUUCUUUCUAAUUCAAAAUUAUCUGCAGAAACAAUUAUUCUUCUGUUCUGUUAAAAAUACUUUGAGGAGAACAGGUGAAGUGACAUAUGUCUGUGACACUCAGGUCCUCAGGAGGCUGAAGCAGCAGGAGGGAGAGUCAAGGGUAACCUGAGCAGCAUAGGAAGAAAUUGUCAACACACUGCUCACUGCAUGUCUAGAGAGCAAUGUGAGAGAGAAGGGAGGAGCCAGUACACUGAUGGCCUCCCUAGCAGCACAACUCUGAGGACCCAGUCUUUCCCACAUAGGGGCCGGGGGACAUUCACAGUGCCAAUGUCACUCUAAGUCAGAAUAAACGUUACUAUAAAUCAGAAGUUUUGUUGGACACUGGUGAAAAUGUUUUAAGACCUCUGAAAUUAUGACUAUUAGUGUGCUAAUUGAAAUUAAUAUUAAGUUUCCUUUCUUGUUCUUGUUAAUUGACUACGUGAGUAUAUAUAUUAUGCAGGAGGUAAAAGUCGGUUUUCAAUCAGCUAUGGGAAUGAAAUGGACACAGUCAGGGGACAUAACUGAUAAAUAAUUAGUUUAUAAUCUUAUCUCUGUUUUUGAGCCAUAAUUAAAUUAAAAACCACUAAUGUGAUCUUAUCCUAUU